GAUUCGACUUCGAAGGAAGUGUUUUUGAUCCUGUUUUUAUUUUCAACUUCAAGGUAUUUUCUAAAGAUUUUGCUUGGUUGAUUUUGUGAAGAAAUUAUGAUCUGCAUUUGUCAGCUCACAGUUAAACCAAAUAAAUAAGUGUUAACUGCUAUUAAACUAUGAAAAUGGAGUACGAAAAUGAUGAUACUUGGCGAAGGUCACACUCUCCCAAGGCAGUAGCAACAUGUCACACAAUUCCGAAGAGAUCAACAACCACUGCUGUUGUGGUGCUAGGCCUGGCAGUACUCAGUUGCCUGCUUGGGUAUUGUGUGCUGAGCGAAACUCUACCUUACGAGUCCAAAACAUUACGGAUGGUUAUUAUUUUCUUCCGCCAUGGAGCUCGUGCCCCAAACACCUCCUACAAAAGUGAUCCCUUUAAAAACUAUCAGUGGCCUGAUGGACUUGGUAGUCUGACAAAUGCAGGAAAGCUUCAAAUGUACGAACUGGGCAAGAAGUUCCGUAGUUACUAUGCAAACUUUAUACCAGAGGAAUAUUACGAGAAGGAUGUGUACAUUCGCAGCAGUGAUGCCUCUAGAUGCAUGAUGAGUGCGUACACGUUCCUUGCAGGCCUGUACCCACCCUCUGAGAGACAAAUGUGGCACCCGGAGAUACCCUGGCAGCCCAUACCUGUGCAUUCUUUGCCUAGAGAUCUGGAUAAUAUAGUGGCAGCAACAAAACCAUGUAAAGUUUCAAAGGCAAUGUACAAUGAGGUGUUAGCAGAGAAAAAUGCUGACCCCAAAUUCAUGGAACUCUUCGACUAUUUGAGCAAACAUACAAAUCAGAGUAUGCGCAGUGUACUGGAAGUGGAUUUUCUGUAUAGCACAUUUGCAUCACAACAGGAGGCUGGGUUGAAGUUGCCCGAGUGGACGAAGAAUGUGUUUCCCCAUAAAAUGAGAGUGCCAUUCAUGUUGAGUUUAGCAUUACUGUCUUACAAUGAAACUAUACAGAGGUUUCAUACUGGUCCACUCCUGAAAGAAAUAAAGCAGCGGUUACUGGAUGGAGUGAAUCACUCCAAUGACCGUUCCCUGUACAUCUACUCGGGGCACGACGUGAACGUGGUGUCUCUGUGGCGCGCGCUCGGCUUCCGCGAGCUGCUGGAGCCGGAGUACGGCGCCAGCAUCGGCGUCGAGUUGCACGAGGAGGUCGAACAGGACAGCUUCUUUAUCAGAUUAUUUUAUAGAAACAACACCAAAGUGGAAGUACCUACGGAAUUGAAGCUGCCUUACUGUGACGAUCCCUGCACAUACAAUAAAUUUGUGGAGCACCUCGACACUCUAAUACCAACAGAUUGGGAAGUUGAAUGCCAAAAUACGAGUCAGUAAAAUGAGAAUUCAUUGAAUAAGUUGUGAUUGAAAGUAUCCAUUUUUGUGUCAAAGAACUGAAACUAAUUUAAGUAUGUAUAAACGUCUGAUUUUUGCCUAACUGCACC